GCUGCAGGGGGCCUGGGGCGGGAGCGGCCGGCGGGCUAGGGGUGCGCCCCGCCGGUUGAGAGGGCGGCACAAAACCGGUGGCGCGGCUCCCGUUGCCGAGCGCCCGCCCCCGGCCAGCGGUGCCCGCGGAGAGUGUCCCGCCAUGGCUGCUGCCGCCCUGGGAGCCCGGGCCCGGCCGCUUCCCAGCCUCCUCCUGCUGUGGCCGCUGCUGCUGCCGCUGCUGCUGCUGCGCACCGACCCCGCGCUCGCGGACAGCAAGGUGUUUGGCGAUGCAGACCAGGUGCGGAUGACCUCGGAGGGCUCUGACUGCCGUUGUAAGUGCAUCAUGCGGCCACUGAGCAAGGAUGCAUGCAGCCGGGUGCGCAGCGGGCGGGCGCGAGUGGAGGACUUCUACACCGUGGAGACCGUGAGCUCAGGUGCAGACUGCCGCUGCUCCUGCACCGCACCGCCCUCUUCACUCAACCCCUGUGAGAGUGAGUGGAAAAUGGAGAAACUCAAGAAGCAGGCACCUGAGCUGUUCAAGCUUCAGUCCAUGGUAGAUCUCCUGGAAGGCACCCUGUACAGUGUGGACCUGAUGAAAGUGCACGCCUACAUCCACAAGGUGGCCUCCCAGAUGAACACUCUGGAAGAGAGCAUCAAAGUCAACCUGAGCCGGGAAAAUGAGGUGGUGAGAGAGAGCAUGCGCCAUGUCAGUGAGCAGCUGAGACACUAUGAGAACCAAUCAGCCAUCAUGAUGAGCAUCAAGAAGGAGCUCUCCAGCCUGGGCCUCCAGCUGCUGCAGAAGGAUGCGGCCGCAGCCCAUGAUGCCUCUUCUGCAUCGGACCCUGAGAGCAAAGCCCAGGACACGGGCGGAGGGAAAGGCAAAGACAGCAUCAAAUACAGCAGCAUGCAGAAGAACUUUGUGGACAGGGGCCUCCCCAAACCUCCAAAGGAGAAACUGCUAAAGGUGGAGAAGCCGAGGAAGGAGGGCAGCAAGGGCAGACUCCCCCAGCCCACAGCCAAGCCCCGGGCCCUGGCCCAGCAACAGACUAUCAUCCGAGGCAUCACCUACUACAAGGCUGCCCAAAAGGAGGCAACAGAGACUGUGGCUGACGGUGCUCUCAAAGAUACUACCUGGCUAGAGCAACUUCCACCCAGGAUGGAAAGCAGGCGACCAGGACCCAACUCAUCGGAGCAUGAGGAGCCAACAUCCAAGCCCUCAGAAGGAGUGGACUUGGCCUCUGGCACCACCAUGUCAAACCCUACCACCACCCCUACCUCUGCUACUAGUCCUACCACUAGUCCUCUGCCCACCAAGCCAACUUCAUACCAGGAAGUUGCUACACAAGGUAGGGAGACAAGCUGUGAGGGCACCCUCCGAGCUGUGGACCCCCCUGUGUGGCAUCACAGCUAUGGGCGCCAUGAGGGAGCAUGGAUGAAGGACCCCACUGCCCGGGAUGACAGGAUCUACGUCACCAACUACUAUUAUGGAAACAGCUUGGUGGAGUUCCGCAAUCUGGAAAACUUCAAACAAGGCCGCUGGAGUAACAUGUACAAGCUGCCCUAUAACUGGAUCGGCACGGGCCACGUGGUGUACCGAGGCGCCUUCUACUACAACCGCGCCUUUACCAAGAACAUCAUCAAGUACGACCUGCGCCAGCGAUUUGUGGCCUCCUGGGCGCUGCUGCCUGACGUGGUGUACGAGGACACCACGCCCUGGCGCUGGCGCGGCCACUCGGACAUCGACUUCGCCGUGGACGAGACCGGCCUGUGGGUCAUCUACCCGACGGCGGAUGACCGGGAUGAGGCCCAGGCCGAGGUGAUCGUGCUGAGCCGCCUGGACCCCGACGACCUCUCUGUGCACCAGGAGACCACGUGGAAGACGCGGCUGCAGCGAAAUUCCUAUGGCAACUGCUUCCUGGUGUGCGGGGUCCUGUACGCCGUGGACACGUAUAACCAGCGCGAAGGCCAGGUGGCCUACGCCUUCGACACGCACACGGGCGCCGAGGCCCGCCCGCAGCUGCCCUUUCUCAACGAGCACGCCUACACCACCCAGAUUGACUACAACCCCAAGGAGCGCGUGCUCUACGCCUGGGACAACGGCCACCAGCUCACCUACACCCUCCACUUUGUGGUCUGAGCUGGGACAUGCAUUCCCAGGAGAGGCGUGCUAGCGGGCACCGGGGCUCCCUAAGGCAGCUCCUGCAACGAACUCUGCUGGGCAAGUAUUUAUUAGAGGACAUCCCUAGGAGAACUGCUCGGCGUGGGGCACAGCCUGGAUAGAGCUUCUUUCUGUAGCACUCAGUGGGAUAGUAAUUGCUUCCACUUUCAGAGUAAUGUGCCAAGAGCUUCACCUGCACUAACCCACUUGCUCCUCCCAACACCAGCCAUGCAGGGAAAGUGCCCUUAGCCCAUGUAACAGAUGUGGAGACUGAGGUUCCCAGGGAGGAUGUCCCCUGCCUAAGAAGCCUCCCUUUGAAUCAGGCAGGCAGUGCUCUCACAACAGCACCUCUUUACUGAUGAGGAGACUUGACCAUGCUCUCCCCUAACUUCCUUUGUUCUCUUAACUUCGUCUCCUUUCCCCAGGGCUACUCAAAACUAGAUCCCUUUGAGACCAGCUAUACUGGUAUUGGGUGGAGUCCUGGCUCUGUGCACCACCGCAGGCCCUCAUUCCUUCUACCUGAGCAGUUGGUGAGGCUGGGCUUCAGGCUCCAUGGCUAAUGUUCCUGCUUCUUGCCUUUGACGAUCCUACCCUCUGUCCAACUACAUUCCAAACAGCCAGGAUCACCCAGUCACUGGGCAGGAACCUCACCCCUAAGGAAAAAAUAGCAGCCCCCAUUCCAAGGUCCCCCUCCCUCUGUUCUCAUUUUAUUUGCUCUUAUUCUCCACCAGUGCUGUCAUUUGUUUCUGCAGCAGCAGCUGAGAAGGCUAUAGCAGCUGUCUGCUAGGGUGGAGAGCUGAGCCAGGCCCCAAAGCUCCUUCUCCACCCAGAAGCACUAGCUCUGGCCAUAUGCCCAGGCUUCCAGUCCUCUCCUCUCCUUUGUCCCUCUCAGAGAGUCUAGGCCUUGGGUCUACCUUGUCCUUUCUCUGUGGGCCUGCAAACCUAAAAGCAAUAUGCACUCAGGGAUACCUCUAAGUCUGCCAUGAGCAAGGCUCCAGGCCUAAGCUCAGACUGUGGCAGAAUGAAUCAGCCUUCCUUUUCCUUGUCAGGCCUGGUUCUUUGGUAGGAUGGCUCCAUAGCUGGAGUGCUGGGAAAGAAGUUGAGGGAAGAAUCUAGCCUCUGGUGACAGGGAAGAAACAGAGCUUAGAGUUGGGAGGGAAAGGUUGGGAGGGGGGUAUGUGGACUAAACUUUUCCUGAUUUCAGAAAUGUUGGUGUCAGGGUUGCCCCUCGAAGGACUCAGGGCUGAGAAUGCCCAGGUGUGUCACCAUACCUGGUGCUAUAGGGGUUCUCUAGAGCCUCAGAAUCAAAUGGGGCUGGGGAAAAGACCUUCAAGCCUUCCCUCAACUACUUGGUUCAGAGCUUAUUAAUCUAGAAAAAAGCUCUGUGAUUCAACUGCUUGUAUCACCAAAGGAGAACUAAUUAGGCCCGGAAAUGUUUAGAGGGAGACUGAGGGUCAAUGGGGAACAGGACACAACUGAUCCAUCUCCUUCCAGAAGAACUUUGGCUUUGCCCUUUAUUCUCCUGGCUUAGAGACAACUCUGUCUGGGGAGAUUAUGAACUAACCAGCACCCAAGUGAUCCUAGCACCUCUGAAGGGUGUUUACUACUGACCCCUACACAAUCCUGGCCCUGCUCCCCUCAAUCUGCCCCCAUGACAGUUCCCAAGAUAGGUGUUUGUUGAACACCCAGUAGCUAUGUUAGGACAUUCAGCUGCGUCCAUGAGACCCUGCCUAAGAAAAUGCAUUUUGUGUAGAAGGCGUUUCUCUCAGAUGCUGUCAGGUGAUGUUGUUUGGACUAAGCUGUAGCUCUCCCCUGAUGGAAAGGGGAAUGAUGACACCAAGCCCAGCAAAGUCUGACUCAUUACAGCGGACACAUUCAGCCUCCUCCACCCACUGGCUUCAGUAUACUCCACUCACAGACUCUUAAGGGGCUUCAAGGACCUUGUGUUUCUCCCUGACCCUGGGUGUGGCUUAACAAGACUCUGCUUUUCCUGAUGUCACAGCCCAACCAUAUGAGCAAUGUUCAGGCCCCCUUUUGUCUACUCUUUGAGAAAAGGGUCAGCAUAGGCUGACCUUGAAAAAAUUUUUCAUUUGUGAUUAGUAGUGGGUUAUAAUGUUUUAAGAUUAUAAUGUAUACUGACCUUGAAAACUUAAAGGGAACACACUGCUGUUUUCAGGGGACAUGAUGCCAACUGCAACCCCAAAAUAUUUACCAAAACUCCUAUCUUCAGGCCUCUAUCCACGGGUUAUAUAGUGGCGUGGUUAUUUUUCCCACUUUCCCAAUGGUCAAACUGGGAGCCAAAGUAGUUGGGCUACUUGUCAGGUAGGCACUUAAGUGGAGAGCUAGGUCUCAAAAUCAGGUAAUAGAGCCAUCAGAGGCUGCGCAUCAGUAGUGUGUUAAGACUAGUAUGUGCAUAUUCUUCUCGCAUGCUCACAACAGUGGAACAUACAUACCCUGAAUCGUUCAUUUCUAUAGAUGAGGAAACUGAGGUGAAGGGACUUACCUAAGGUCACACAGCAGCUUAGUGGAAGAGCUGCAGCUUAAAAGCUAGUCCACACAUGUUCUUUAUCAACUGCAUGCCACCUGAGAGGCAGUUACAGAUGUGGUGGCUGUGGACUUAUCCAGUGUGUUUCUCCAGACCACACACCAACCACAUCUACAUAGAAAUCCAAGGAGAUUGGGAAAGCUUUGUAAAAAAAAUAAUAAAUUAAAAUAAAUUAAAAAAAACAAAAAACCUUGUAUUUCAAGCCAAGGAGGGACUGCCUCUAGUUGCAUUUAGAGCAAAGUCAAGGCUAGAGUAAUGGAGAAAAGGAAACUCUAAAUCAAUUUGAUGGGCACCAGGAAGGGUUUGUUGGGCAAUUAGAGCUAGUCCACAGUGGCAGACCUGUGAGCCCUGAAGGAAGUUCGCCCCCCCCCCCAUCAGUUUAUAUUUUUACCCACCAUGGGCUCUAUUAUACGUGUCAGCAGGCACUUCAAACGAGCCUGGUCUGGACUGGGAAGGGCCAUGUUUCCUACCAUCCUCAGCUGCAAAGGCAGAGGAAGCUGUUUCUAUGUGUCUCAACAACCUGCUUUGUGAAAGGAUUCUGGCUGCAGCCUUUGCUUCCUCUCUAGAGAGUUCUUUUAUUAUUAUUAUUUUAAUUUAUUUUCCCUUUUGUUGCCCUUGUUGCCUGUUGUUGUAGUUUUUAAUGUCAUCGUUGUUAGAUAGGACAGAGAGAAAUGGAGAAAGGAGGGGAAGACAGAGUGGGGAGAAAAAGAGAGACACCUGCAGACCUGCUUCACCACCUGUGAAUCGACUCCCCAGUAGGUGGGGAGCCGGGGGCCACGUUCACUUAACCCGCUGUGCUACUGCCUGACUCCCCUCUCUAGAGAUUUCUGAGCUCUAAUGUCUAAUUAACUCUGUCUGGGGAGGAAAUUAAGGUUCUCUGCACUCUGGGUUUGCCGUAUAAGUGGGGCUGGAGAGUUUGCCAGGAGUAGUUAGAAGAUUCCUGAAAGUCCACAUAUUCCAGAGCAUCUUUUCUGCCGUGACAGCAUUGGAAACGACUCUAGUGACAGAAGGAAACAACACUGGAUGGUUGUCAGGGAGCCCUAGAUGGUAGUUACGGAACUCUGGAUUGGUGCCACCUCCUAAUGCUGCAAGCUAGGAUGGGCCUUUUAUCUCUGGGGUGGGCUGUCACUUCCCUCUUGAGGCUUACAGCCCAGACAGUACUAGAGGCUCCCAUAAAAAUAUUAUCACCAAUCCACCAGUAUUGCUCAAGGUCUGUGUUAUCUUCCCCAUUACCAGUGAUGAACCUCAAGUUCAAAGAGGCUAGCAAUCUGCACAGGGUCACAAAUUGUGGGGGGGGGGGGGAAGUGGUGGGGGUCAAGAUUUGGGCCAGGUCUGUUUUUAUACCAAAUCCCCAAACUGUUGUUGGGAAUCUUGUAACCAGUCUUUUAUUUUCCCCUUUGGUCACUGGGAAGCUCAAGGUCAUAUCUGAGGUUAUUUUAAAUAGUUGUCUCCUCCUAGACUUUAGUUUCAUCCUAGUUCUCUGCCUUUACUUUUACCCCAUCUCUUUAUACUUUUAUUCUGUUAUAUUUUUCUAUCUUUGUAAGUUGUCACAAUGUCUUUUUUUUUUUGCAACAAGGUGGCAAAUACCUAAGUAAAUAAAUGAUGAAAAACUUGA